UUCCAUAAUAUGGCGAUUUUGCAAUUUUUAUCAACAUAAACUUUGCAGUUGAUUUAGAGACUAAAAAUCCAUAAUCUGACAACUAUACUGACAUAAUGAUUUAGCAAUUUUCUGUAAAAAAGAAAUGCAGUUACUGAGAAGAGAAUGGUGAAUCAUGCUAAGCUACAGUACUACAAACAGAACUAUUGCCUUGUUUGUAUGACAGGAUUGCUGGGAUGCAGAUGGCAUCGUUACAAACAGUCAACACGAGACAGUCGCAAGAGAGAUUUGGUUGUGUUAACCCUUGUACUGCUGACAUUCCUGUUUAUAGAUUUUCUACUGUAUUAUGUCCUGAUAGCUAAGAAUGAUGUUUAUAACUUGAACUGGUACAUAUUUUGGGAGUUUAAGAAAUGGAUCUCAAUGCACACAAUCCUGUUAGCUGUUGUUGUUACUUUGUUUUGUUAUUUAUUUUUGUUAAUGAUUUUAUCCGUGUGCCAUGUGAUUAACGGCCAUCAGCUUUAUACACAUCCUGUCCAUAUAGUGUUUGUUGUGUUGUGUCUUUGUUUUUGUAUAGCAGUAACUAUAGUUUUAGAUGAAUUAUGGAAAACAGAAUGGGCAGUUGUUUGGCUGUCUUUAAAGAUUACUGGUCCUUUCCUUCAGAUUGGAGUUGUUACAAUGAUGACUGCAUUAACAUGGAUCAUAGCCAAACAGUGGUUAACUUUAUCUACUUGUUGUGUGCAAUUUCUUUGGUUGACAGUUUAUUUAAUUGUGAUGUCAGGACUGUACAUAUCACCACUAUUUAUAGAUUCACCUUGUGUCAAGGUUAUUAAAGAUAUACCUCAGAAACCAAAUAUUAUAGGCCAUAGAGGAGCACCAGCUGUAGCACCAGAAAAUACUCUAAUUUCAUUCCAAACUGCCAUGAAAUACAAUGUAUAUGGUAUAGAGACUGAUAUAAGAUUAAGUUAUGAUGGAGUGCCCUUUGUAUUUCAUGAUUCUACAUUCCUUCGUACAACAAACAUUGCUGAUGUCUUUCCGGAUUACAUCGAUAGUUCAGUAUCAGCAUUUAACAUAUCAGAAAUAAAACAACUGAAUGCUGGGUCAUGGUAUUUAAAGAGGGAUCCUUUUGGAACUGUUGGAGAUUUGUCUGAAGAAGAAAAAAACAAUUACAGCAGUCAGAGCAUUCCAACUUUUGAGGAGUUGUUAAAGUUUGUUAACAAGACAGAUUUAAUAUUAAUGAUUGAUGUAUUCGGAACAGCUGAUUGGCAUCCAGAACACAACAGAACGAUUGAAAUUUACAUGGAAAUGAUUAGAAACAGCGGUAUUCCAAAAUCAAGAGUAUGGGUGACAGGUAACCACAAAGACUAUAAUGUUACAAGUAUUCCUUUUCCUGAAUCAAAUAAUCCUGUACAAUAUGUGAUGCAGGAUAACUUUACACAUGUCAAUUUUGAGCACCAUAUGCUCUCUGGAGAUGAAAUUAAGGAAUUCCAGAAGUACAACAUUACAACAAAUGUAUUUCAAGUAAGCGCAGUAUGGUUGUAUUCCUUGUACUGGUGUAUGGGUUUGUCCUCUGUCACUACAGAUAAAUGUCAUGUUCUACAAAGGCUAAACGAACCUAUCUGGCAUUUACCACCAAGAAAUUAUUUGAUAUUAUGGAUAGCCGUAGAUGUUUUAUCAGCAUUAGCUGUCAUAACAAUUUUUAUAGUUCAAAGAAUUCAUCAUAAUGAUGAUGCCAUAAAUCCAGAAAGUGUUUCACUAAACAGCAGAACAAGAAUUUCUGAAAAUUUCUCAUCUACUAGAAGCAGACGCUCUAUGAAAGAAAAACUUUUAAUGAAAGAUGUAACAGCAGACAUUUUUGAUGACCCAGAAGGAGAGGAUUAUGGAAUUGAAGCUAAUUAUACUGUCCAGUCAUUAGAUGGUCAAGCAAUGGCCAGGGAAUUAAGGUCAAACAGACAACAAGAUGACAGAAUUGAAUUAACUUAAAUUGAUCAAUAUAAGUUAUAUUUAUUUAUAGAAUUGAAAUAUUUGUAUCUCACACAUAGAUAUUAUUUCUGGCAUGUAUGAAGUAUUAUUGUUUGUAGUAAUAUAUAUGCUUGUUUAAGCACUGUGAUAAAAAAUGAUAUUGAGAAUAAUUUGCUGAAUAUUUUACAUUAUUUUAAACU